AUGGCGGAGACCGGAACGGACCCGGCCGCUGCAGGCCCAGACACCACCGACAUCACCCCCGUCCCAGACUCAUCACAUCCCAAGGAACGCCAUUCUCUCACGCUGGACCAGCGUCGCUCCUUGCGGAAAUGGGCAAAUGAGCAGCCUGUGCGCCCGUCGCACAAGGCAUGCAUCGACUGGUUUUUUGCUCAGUAUGGCCACCAGAUCAGCCAAUCUACCGUGUCGCAUUCUCUUUCUCCCAAGUAUUCGCGGCUUGAUAGUGAGAACCCCCAGCUCUCGGGUUCGCGUCUCCGCUUCGGCAAUUGGCCCGACGUAGAAAAACUGGUGUUGCGAUGGUACCAGCAGGUGCAGGCUUCAGGCCGCCAGCCUACAAAUGAAGAGCUCGGCGAAAAGGCAAAGUCUAUUUUCAAUAAACUUCCGCGCUACAAGGAAGAGGUAUCGCCUGAGUUUUCUCCUGGUUGGAUCCAUCGUUUCAAGAAGCGAUAUGGGUUAUUGAUAAGGCGCCAGCGGCGACAUGGAGAAGGGGGGAUCAACCCGGCCGAGGACAUUGGCUAUUUGGCCGACUAUGUGCCACGCUUCAUGACUGUCGUGCCGGACACCAGUCUCCCAGCCCUGAAGGACCAAAUACUUCGGGCCGUAGGUGUCGAGGCAAGUCUCAGCACCUGUGCAUUAGUCCGCGAUGAAGUCCUAAGACGGAUGCCUGUGCCUUCUGAGGCACCCCCUCCCCAGCUCACACCCACCGAAUCACCUACUAUCCCUCCUCCUCCACCAGACGCGUCAAUCUAUGCAGAUGACGACCCUGAGGUUGUCCUUCAAAAUGCAUUGCGGCAGCUUCAGCAAGAAGAACAGGCCGCGGAGGAGCAGGCAGCAGCGGUGCGCGAGGAACGUGAACGACAAGAACGGGCCGGACUGGCACACACUGCAAUUAUGGCCACGCCUAAUAGACAGACAUCGUCUGACCCCAGAUACGCCACUCCGGCGCAGGACAUGGGCACGGAUCUGACUCUCACCCCCAUACAUUCAGAUGUGCCGAUUUCUACGAACGAUAAGCCAAUUAGAUGCCCAUUCUGUGUAAACCUCCGUAUGCUCCGAACCAUUAAGGAGGCGGUUGAGCAUAUGUCCACCCAUGUUGUGGUUUAG